AUGGCAGGAAAUGAGGUAACGAUGCUGGAUCACAACCAUCCAUUAUUCCUCCAAGCCGGAGAUGCACCAGCUCUGAUUCUAAUUCCAAUUAAACUCACCGGACCUGAGAAUUAUGCCCUAUGGAGUAGAGCUAUGAACUUAGCCCUACGAGGUAAAGGAAAACUAGGGUUUAUGGACGGAAAUUGUGUGAAGAUUAGGUAUAGAGGAGAGUUAGUUGAACAGUGGAAAAAAUGUAACGCUAUUGUGCUUUCGUGGAUAGAAAGUACAGUAUCGAGUGAAUUUAUGCCUAGUAUAGUAUUUGCUUCGGAUGCGAAGAAAGUAUGGAAUGAUUUCCAGGAGAGGUUCGAUAGAUCGGAUCUAACGAAAAUCUACUAUUUGUGGACGGAGAUUGCAACAAUGAGGAAGGGUACAGACUCAGUCACCACUUACUUCUCGAAUAUGAAAGAUUUUUGGGAUGAGUUGGACAUAUUAGCCCCACUGUCCAGCUGUGACUGUGAGGAGGUAAGACCUUCCAUUGAACACUUAAAAUCUCAACGGUUGCUGCAAUUUUGGAUGGGACUGAAUGAGAGUUAUAGCAACAUUAGGAGCAAUGUACUGGCAAAGAGACCUGUUGUUAUAAUGGAUGAGGCGAAUGCUAUUGUUACACAGAAGGAAAGCCAAAGAACUUUGGGUGUAGUUGACAUGAACAAGGAGCCCUUGAAUCUACUAGCAGGAAAGGCACAAAUGGUUAGACCUAAAACUCCAAGACUGGUGUGUGAACAUUGCGGAUAUGAAGGGCAUCUAAAGGAAAAUUGCUACAAAAUUGUUGGUUAUCCAGCAGAUUUCAAAAGCAAGAAAAAGUUGGGGCAACAAAGUGGUGUGUGGCAAAAUAACAAGAACUUCAAACAGGGACUGUUUAGAGGAGCAAGUCAGAACAACAAUGGGUUCAGAUCCUAUGCCAACAACACAACAGGGGAAAGGCAAGUUCAAGGACACUUCUUUGCAGAAGAAGAAUAUUCACAACUGAUGGGAUUGCUGAAUAAAUCCUCACAAGAUGGAUGCAGUAGCAACAUGGCAUGUACUGUUUCAUUACUAUCUAAUACAUAUACUUGUGAAUGGAUAGUAGAUUCAGAUGUCUCACACCAUAUUACACUUUGCAUAGAGAUGUUACAAGAACUUAGACACAUAGAUAAGCUACAUAACAGUAAAGUACAAGUGCCUACUAGAGAGGGAUCACACAUAGCUAAUACAGGGAGCACAGAGAUACUAAGGAAGUACAGGAUCACCAAUGUGUUACAUGCACUCCACAGUGGGAAAGUAAUGGGGAUUGGUAGAGAGAACAAUAGACUCUACUUUCUAAGGAGAGGAAUAAAAUCACCACUGGGAGUAGCAGUAAUUAAGAAUGAAGAUAUGGCAACUUUGUGGCACUUGAGAUUGGGACACCCUUCAGUAGGAGCAAUGAAGCACAUCCCUUUGCUGAAGAACAAAGUGACUGACAAGAUACAAGAAGAGUGUAUGCUACUUUUUGGGGAGAGUGUGUCAAGACUGCAGUGUACCUCAUCAAUACUUACUGUAGUUCUGGAUGGGAAGACACCUUAUGAGCUUCUAUAUGGGGAAGCACCUAAACUGGACCAUCGGGUGUUUGUUUGUUUAAGCUAUGCUAGUAAUUUUCCCAGAAGUGACAAAUUAGCUGCAAGGGCAAUGUUGCUAAGAGAUGUCAGCUUUAGGGAAACCAUUUUCCCUUUCAAAACUGGGAAAGCAUAUGAUGAUGAUCUGUUGUUUAUUCCCAUUACAGAUGCCACAGGGAAAGUCUUGCAACCUGAAUUGCCAGAAGCCACAAAUCUCCCAACAGAAGUACAUAGUUCUAACCAUGGGGAUGCACAACCUGAACCUGCAGCUCCCACAAAUUCUCCAGAAGUUGCUGAAACUAGUGAUGACACACUGGAGGUUCAAGCUGAAGCCGAAGAGGAAACUGCACCAAUUCAGGAACCAAGUACGGUAGAUCAACCAACAGACAGUGGUAGAUGA